UUUAUUUGUCCUAACUUAGUGUAUGACCACAUAUGUCUAUCUCUCUGGGUUGAUCUUGACUCUACUGUUAUACAAUUAUAUUCACCUCACAAGUUACCAUUAUCACAUGUUACCACUAAAAUAAUCAUAUUUUCUAUAUAAUGAUAUUCCACAGAUCAGUCCAAAAAGAUAAAAGGCUGUAAUCGAGACAUUAUAAUAAUUAUAUACUAUUAACUUUGUCAUAUAUCUCAGAAUUCGAAAAAAAAGUCACACCCAACCCAAACUCUAUUCUCAAGGACUCAAAAAUCAACUUUUGAAGCUCUCAACUUUCAUUUUUCUUAUCUCUUUCAUUCACAUUAUGCAGCUCCAGCCAUUACUUGCUGUUCUCAAAAGCAUUGCACUAAUAAUUAUUAUACAAGAAAUUUUGUUGAAUGGAGACUCCAUAUCAGAGGCUGCUAAAAUCACUAGCUUUCCAGGGCAGCCACCAGUCAAUUUCCAGCAAUAUUCAGGCUAUAUAGCAGUGAGCAAAAACCCAAAAAGACAACUGUUUUACUACUUUGUUGAAGCUGAAGCCAACCCUGAUUCAAAGCCACUGGUUUUAUGGUUAAAUGGAGGGCCUGGUUGUUCAUCUAUUGGAGCUGGUGCAUUUUGUGAACAUGGACCCUUCAAACCAAGUGGAAAUUCACUUCUUAAGAAUGAUUAUAGCUGGAAUAAAGAGGCAAACAUGAUAUACUUGGACUCCCCUGCUGGAGUUGGUUUCUCCUACUCAGCUAACAAAUCUUUCUACACAGAAGUUAAUGAUGAGAAGACUGCUCAAGAUAAUCUUAUGUUCCUCAAAAGAUGGUUCAUCCAAUUCCCCAACUACAGAAACAGGGCAUUUUUCAUUACAGGAGAGAGUUAUGGAGGACACUAUGUUCCACAGCUUGCUCAACUCAUUGUCCAAUCAAAAGCCAGUAUUAAUCUAAAAGGAAUAGCAAUAGGCAAUCCACUUCUGGAAUUCAAUACAGAUUUUAACUCAAGGGCUGAGUUCAUUUGGUCUCAUGGAUUGAUUUCAGAUUCAAGUUAUGAAAUGGCCAAUUCAGUGUGUAACUAUUCAACAUACAGGAGACAAGUUCAAGUUGAUGGAAACCUCAGCCCUGUUUGUUCUCAAGUAUGGAGAAAAGUGUCAAACGAAAUGAGUAGACUCGUUGACUCAUAUGAUGUUACUCUUGAUGUCUGUUUGCCCCCAGUUUUUGCUCAAUCUGCCAUGCUUAAUAAACUGGAUGAAGCAGCAAAAAUUGAUGUAUGUGUUGAAGAUAAAACAAUCAAAUACUUGAACAGAAAAGACGUGCAGAAAGCUUUCCAUGCUGAGCUUGUUGGAGUAACAGAAUGGAGUGUUUGCAGCGAUGUUCUCAGGUAUGAUAUGAAAGACCUUGAGAUACCCACAAUUCAUGUACUUCGUUCCCUUGUCAAGUCUGGAAUUCAAGUGUUAGUUUACAGCGGAGAUCAAGAUUCAGUUCUUCCACUAACAGGAUCGAGAACUCUGGUAACUGGGCUAGCAAAGGAAUUGGGACUAAACACAACUGUGGCUUAUAGAGCCUGGUUUGAAACAAAUCAGGUGGCGGGGUGGACACAAGUGCAUGGUGAUAUUUUAUCUUAUGCCACCAUUAGAGGAGCAUCUCACGAAGCUCCAUUUUCUCAGCCAGAGAGAUCUCUAGUUCUCUUCAAUUCAUUUCUAGCCGGGAAACCACUGCCAGAUAAUUUUUAGUUUCACAAAAUAUUUCUAAAUUAUUCUUUUCUACUCUAAUAAUAUAAUUCUUCGCACAAUUGUAUUUCUUAUUGUUUACAGUAAACAUUAUAUCCUUACAAAAUAAAUAAAUAAAUAAAUAAUGCGAUUCUCACU